UGGCGGGCCGUCAGUCUUGAGGUGGUAGUCGUGCGGAGCGGUCGUGCGCGCGUUGUGUCUUGACCUUUUUUGUUGGAUUAAACCCUUAAACCAAAUCCACAACCAUGGGGGUCUGUUGCUACACGUUCCUCAAGUUCAUCGUGAUGAUCUUCAACCUCCUGUACAUGAUCCUGGGAGGUGCUCUUCUUGGCACGUCACUGUGGAUGUACCUGGACGGUGCCAGCAUGGCUCCAGUAACACAGGAUAUAGAAGGCUACAACUAUGUACUCUACUUCCUCAUGGCAGUGGGGGCCGUCAUGUUCAUCAUGGGUUUCCUCGGUUGCUGUGGAGCGUUCCAGGAGUCCCAGUGCAUGCUGGCCACGUUCUUUGCCUUGGUAUUCGUGCUGUUUAUUGGUCAGAUUGGAGCUGGCAUUUGGCUGAAGACCAACGAGGAAAGAUUCACAAAGCUCGCCGAAGAAUCUCUGGCCAAGUCUAUCCAACAUGAUUAUGGCUUCAAUGACCUCAAGACACAGGCCUUUGAUGUUAUCCAGUCAGAGCUCAAGUGUUGUGGUUCUAUUGGACCUACUGACUGGGCUGACUCUCGCUUCAACGGUGCCAAUGACAAUACCAUGGAGAUUGGUAUUGCUGGAGCCCUGGGCUCCUAUAACACGCCAGAGUCCUGCUGCGUCUCCAAGGGUACCACUUGUGAAAUUGCUCGAAAACUGACACUUUCAGCCCUUAUCGCCGAGACCAUCUACAAAGAGGGAUGUGCCAAGAAAAUGUUACAGCUGAUGGAGACCCAUAGCUAUGAACUCCUCGGUGUUGUGGGAGCCAUUCUACUGAUCGAGAUCCUGGCUAUGAUUUUCUCGAUGGUUCUCUGCUGUACUGUACGUCGCAUCGAUCAUGUCAAAGCCUAGGAGGAAAAUAGCUCCCCAAUUUAUGACCUGGGGAUGGAGAGCGAAGACGACGAUCCAACCGUCUGAGAGAAUACUAUUUUAAUUUCCACCUUUUAGCUUGAGAAAGAAUUUGAUGCAUAGUUAAAUUUUUUAUUUGUAAAUCUAGUGCUUGAAAAUGUUUAGCUCAGUAGGAGAGGAAGCACUGAUAGACCAUAUACUUGCAUUUAACUGGAAGGUUGUGUGGACUAAAUGACUGCAUCAAAUGGUAAAAUAUAUAAUAUUUGAAUUGCAUUUAUAUACUGUAGCUAUAUCUUCCAAAAUUCCAAAGUAAGAUUUACAUGACCACACACCUGAAAGGCAUUUAAAGAUUUUUCUUUGAAAUUUGUAAAUGCCAGAGGCUGAAUAAUGGACAGUCAAUUGCACUUUACGAUAACUUCACAUAUUAUGUUUAGCCAGUAUUAAUAUUACAGUAUAUACAUAUACUGAUAACAGUAUAUUGAGAACAUAGAAAAUAUCAUAGUUGUAGCUAAAGACUAAAACCUAUUUUUAUAUUUACUGGAUUAAAGACUUCAUUUGCAAGAAAGAACUUCUUAUCCAAGAGACAAUGAACAGUUUUAAGAUAAAUAUUUGAUAUCAAUUUAUAUGUAACAUGGAGAAUCAGUUUUUUAUUUUUAUGAUCUUUAUACGAUAGUCUUUGUUUACCAAAAUGAAAAUGAAAAUAGAGAAAAUACUGACUUUUCUGGUAUGCCUUUAGUUGAGUGCACAAUGUGUAGUUGGGACCAGCAGGGUUGGUUACAUAGGGGAACUUUAGUCGUUGAAGUUUAUGCUCUCCAAAGAGUGGUUCAUCUGUACACCUUGUAUAGAUGAAUUGUUCUAAGUGGAUGGCUGUUUAAAAUAAUCAUUGCAGUUAUAUGUGAUUUUACUGAUUUUAGACAAUUGCUAAGUUCAAACUACAGGUAGUAUUUUAUGUACUCAAAUGUUGCUGAAAACAAAGUAGGGAAUCACAGGUUACUCUGGCUACAAGGAUGAACAUGCCAGGGAAUAAAUUAGUACAGUGGCUGGUCUGCACACUUUCCUCCUGCCAGUGUUAAUAUUGCAUCUCAAACUGGUCAUACAAGAACCAAAGCUUUUAUAUAAUUAACUCUCCCUUCUGUUUGUUGGUCUUCAUCAUAAAUAUACCUCUGAGGACACCUUUUUUUUUUCUAAGUUAAGAAACCCAAGAGUGAGUGUUGAGGAGUUAUUGUGUGUUAGAGGGCCAGACCUUGAUGUCUCGGCAAACAUUUUAACAUUUCUGUAAAUACUGAAUAUUAAGAAAACCAGUUAACACACCAAACAUUUCCAAUAAGAAAUACUCAUCGUACACCCACUGAUAUGUUCUGAUGGCCAAACACGCCAUCUGGCCGCCACAUGCUCGUGCAGUGUGCAUCUAAACGUUGAUAUUAACAAAAAUAUAUAACAGAUUUCACUGUAUAUAGUGAAGCAUGUAGACGUUCAGAGUAUGUUGGUAUAUUGUCCUUAUAUACCUAAUGUUAUGAUGCGCUUCUAUAUGCUGUACAUGUAUGCUAGUGCUCCUAUUAAAACAAACUUGGAAACAUAUAACAUGGAUAUAAUGUACUAUAAAUGGUAUGCAUGUGUGCCUGUGUGUGCACAAUGUAUUUUGCAUUAUGAAUGUUCCUGUCAAGGUUACCUUCUAAGUUAUACAACUAAAUUACAACUAUCAUGAAAAAUUAAAUUUAAACAGCUAUAUUUACUAUAUAUAUAUUUAGAUAUAUAUAUAUAUAUAUAUAUAUAUAUAUAUAUAUAUAUAUAUAUAUAUAUAAUAUAUAUAUAUAUAUAUAUAUAUAAAAUAAUGUACGUUUGUGUAUGUGUGGUUACAAUGUUAUGUGGAUAUGUGAACAAUUGGUGUUGGAAACAACUAAACAAUUCUCUAUUUAUGCCCAUUAUGCCUUAGCACCAAUUGUAAAUUGGUGAUAGAUAAAUGUAUAUUAAAAUCUAAUGUUGCAGAAAUUUUGUAUUUGUGUAUUGGAGAAUAGAUCUGUUUAAGGAAUAUUUUGUUCAAUGUUAUGUUGUAGCACUACACAUGUUGCACACGCGGGCAGGUAAUACAUGUGACUUCCGAGUGUGUGUGUGUUCCCUUCCAUAGAUUUUUGGAUGUGUAUUCAUGAUUUAAUUUUUAAGUACUGUAAUGAUUUGAAAUUUGAAGAAUGGAAAUUACUAAAUGGAUUCUUUUUUGAGGGGAGGGGGAAGAUACGAUAAGUUUUUUUUAUUAUUCCCAAGGUUUGUGUAGUGCCAAUCACGAUAGGUUUGCCGAUAGUAAUUUUGUAAUGAGUUAUUUAUGGGUACAAAUUGAAUGUCUUGGAAGAAGAAUUUUUUGUGUAAUCAAUAUUUCUGUUAGUAUGUAAGAUAGUAGUUUAAUAUUCCUGUAUUUCUCGAUAUCCUAAAAUUAGGAAGAGAUACCUAUUAUCAGUAGGCAGUGCAUCUUGGAAUCCAUCACUGAGCAAGACUUUACAGAUGAUACUUGAGAUGAAGACUACUGCAGUCAAUUUAUAUUAUGUAUAAUUUUAAAGUGAAACUGGCAGGACUUUUCACACACUUAAGAGAUUUUAGCAUAACAUGGCUACUGAGGAGAACUUGUGUGGUCAAACUUGAUAUAUAUAUUAUUACACUAUACCAUUUUAUCUGUUAGUACUUGUACAAAGAAAGUUUGUAUUAUUCAUUUGACAUUUACAUAUCCAAUCAAUGUGUUCAUAUUUAAAUUUAUCUUUUGGGUGUGAUUUAAGAGUACUAGAAGCCUGAGGUGUACCUUUCAGCAGGCUUACUCAUUUUUGGAUGAGGUAUAUAGAGUCUUAGCUUGUCAAAUUUUAAUUCAUCAAUUCCUAGUUUCACAAUUGUAGACUUGGUAUACAUAUAUUCCAGGAUGCACCUCUCCUUUGUAUAUAUAACACAGUCUGUGCAUCAAACUGCCACACACAGCAUUUAGGAACCAAGUGAUAGGUUUCCUGUCUAAUUUAUAAAGUUGAUAUAUAACUUGAGGGACUUGUCAUAGAGAAUCACAUCUCGCAUACACGUUGGGGGGGUUACCAGAAGAUAAAGCAUUAAAAAUAUUGCAAGUGUUGAAAUUCAGUCAAAUGUUUUAUUAAUCUCCUGCAUACCCCCUCCCCCCACCCCACACCCAAUUGACCUCCUUAGGGUUUCUAUUGGUUGCACAAAUGGAUACUCGGAUUUCAUGGUUGAUAUGUUGUGUUGGUCUGUUAAUGUGUCUUGUUGAUCUGUUCAUACAUUAUAUUUGUAGAACAAAGCAACAAAAUAAUUAUCAGACAUAGGCUUAGUAAUAAUGGCCUGAGACGGUGCUUACAUCAGGGUACAUCUAAUGAAAGAUAUCGGUUACCUGAAGUGAAAUUUGAUCUCAAGCUCAAAGUUGCUAAGUUAUAUUAACUGUCAAGACCAUGAAGCAUAACUUGGUGCUAGAUGCUCGUGCUGAUGACCCACUGCAGUGCUGACCUCGUGUGGAGCACAGCCAACAGCACACUACCAGCCACACCCACCAUUGGCAUCUUGCCUUUCACAGACACGACACACACACACACACACACCACCUACCUUCAUUAAGUGUGCCGGUGCUUGGCUUGCUCUCUAAAGUAGAAUUUGUCACAAAUAUUGAUUAAUUUUAUUGGCUAGAAAAUUACAUUUACACUAUAAAGGGUCAGUGCUGUGUUCAUUGCAAUUCCCACGUCAAGAUUUUUGUGAUGUCUACUCAUCAUUUUGUGAAAACUUCCAAACUUGUUUGUAAUCAUGCUAGAAUAAAUAAGUAACCUCA